AUGAAGGCGGGCAGCUGCAACCCGGCGCGGAACACGGGCAGCUCGUUCGUGGGGAAGCGGAGACGACGCCAGUUCACGGGACCAGCGGUGAAUGUGAGCGGCAGAGGCUCGCGUGACAAGAAGAGCCACGGUACGGUACAGUCUGUACCCACAGCUGCAGUGGGGUUCGACGUGUGUGUGACUGCCUCGGUGGCCCCUAAGCGUGUCUGCGCGCCGUCCAUGUAA